CACCAAACAGAAACAUUUUUUAAAUGAAAAGUUACACCUAUCCGGUGGUUGAAAUUUCUCUACCACACAAUUUUCGAAAAUUUUCGAGUACCGAUCCAAUAGAAAUUGAAGAAGAAUUGAAUAAAAAUGUAUAGGUGAUGUAUUCUCAACACAGAUUUAUGUGAAAGAUAUGAAUUUCAACUACAAUAAUGAGGGAAAUAGAGCAAAUUACAGUAUCUGCGAUACACUUGAUACGCUGACUUCACAAGUAGAAGUAGCAGAUACUGACACUAAAAAACAUAUUUUGAAUACGAUUACUACUCCUCCUCCUCCUCCUACAGUUGCUUCGCUUCCUUCAAAUAAAGCUACUGCUAGUAUCGAUUCCUGCAGCAGUCAUAACACUACUAACAACAAUCCUACCGAGAUGAACAUGAAUACUGACUGUCAACGCAAUAACACUCUGAAUCCAAUAUUCAAUUUUUGGCGUAAUUCUACCCGACGUUCCGGGAAUUGGGGUAGUCGUACUGGCACUAAGAAAUCAUUUGUAUGGAAGUAUUUUUUCCAUCCAGAAUUACAUAUGGGCACAAAAGAUUUAACGCAUACACAGUGUAUUCUUUGUGAUAGUCUGUUGGCAUUCAACAAUUCUGGUACAACAACAACAAUGCUAAAUCAUUUAAAAAGUCGACAUAGUGAAAUAGUUCAGCAAGAAUAUCAGCAAACAAAAAAAUCGCGUUGCGGUCUGUUAACAUUACGUGAAAUCAAUAAAAUGACUAAAGUGAAUUACAAUUUACUGAAUGAUGAGAAGAAAUUGGUCAGUUGGUCAGUAUCAUCUGCAGCACCAAUUAUCACAACUUCAUCAUCCCCAUUGUGUAAGCGUAAUUAUCCUUUCCUGCCAACAAGACGUGGUCAACGUGGACGACCUCCUGGUUCGUGUAGACAUCUUGAUUAUUCCAUCACUAAUAGUAAAUUAAGCCAAAAUAUGAAUGAUAGUUUAAAUUCUAUGACUAAACUUCAUAAUUCUACUAUUAAUAAUGAUGUGCCUUUGUGUCAUUUGUCUGCUGACCAAAUGGAAGCAUGUACAUCAAACUCAUCGUUUAAUUUAGUCAAUGAUAAAAACAUAUAUUCACCUGAUCUGUUCUGGACAGUUUCAAAUGAAUUUUCUGCAUUAAAUAAUUCAAAGUUAUUAAAUACAACAUUACCAGAAAUGGGGAAUAAUGAAUCAACACCAUCCAAUGAAGCAAUGCGUACACACAUGCCAGUAUCGACUACGUUCACUUCAGGACUAGGCAAUUUUAGUUUACAUAAUCCACCGCCUAAUUCAUCGAAUUCAGAUAAAGAAUUAUUUUCUGAAAUAUUUACAAAUUAUCUUUCAUCGUUAACGUAUAACUUUUCGAAUAUGCAGUUGAAUCUAUCAGAAUUAGCUAAUUUAUACUUGACUGAACUUUACAAACAAAUUAACUAUCAACCAUCAUUCCCAAUAAAUACUAAUGAAAACUUAAAUUCAUGCUCUCAUAAAUCUUCAUUGAAUGAUUUUACCACCCCGUUAGAAUCAUCCUCAAAUGAUACAUUUAAACAAAAAGUUACUGUGAAUGAAAAUGAAUUACAAAACGAUCGAUUAAAGACAAUUAUGAAUAGCAAAUAUUUGAAUAACUCAUCAUUUCCAUUAACAGAUCUUUCUAUGAAGUCUAGUCAACCAGUAUCUGUAAUGUUUAAUACAAUGGAUGCAAACGAACCACUUGAUCUAAGCUUCAAUACAUACAAACAACAAUGUCAGCAACAAGAAAAAUUGUUAGAAAAUUUGUAUGUUACAUCGUGUAAUAAAAAGUCGCCAUCCAUAAUGGAUGGCUAUGAUAACAGUACUACAGACGAAAAUGGCAGCUCAGCAUCUGCAGAAUUUGCUCCAAAUGAAGACUUCUAUCAAAAAUCUCCGAAACAAAUUUCAGACUGUUUAUUAUCGAUGAGUGAAAAUCCUGGUAAUCAAAGAGGCUGCUCAAAUUCAGUGACACAGCAUAAUGAAUCCAAAUCAGAGCAGCUCAGCUUUAUUCCCUGGCACAACAUGUCAACUUCAACUGUUCUAAUCAAAAGUGAAACUGCCAACAACCAACAUGACAAUAACCAAUUUCACCAUUUGAAAUCAGAAAUGAGUGAAUGUUUCAUGUGUUCUUCUCCGCGUUUAACCAACGCCUGUUCACCAUCUCAUUUUUGUACUUCAUGUGAAGAAUUUCACCACCGUCUAGCUUACUUCCUAAUAACAGAUUUCCAUCCACCCAGCAUACUAGACGAAGAAGGCUUCAAGAUUUUAAUUUCAAUACUGUGGGAUAAAUUUCGGAAGGCGAAUGAAAAUAUCAAUUAUAAUUUGGAGUUCAAUUUUCUACCGUCUUCACAUUUAAUGGAAAAUAAAAUUUUAACUCAUCUUUAUCUAACAACAAGAUUACAAAUUGACAAUAAGAUAAAAAAUAUGAUUAGAUUGCAAUAUUCAAAAGGGUUAAUUAACAUUCCAAAUAUCAAUAUUUUUUUGAAGUUUUGGUCUUUAAGCCAACCGAAUAAUUUGAGUGAAUUAUCCUUUGAAUAUGUUGAUAUCGAAUUACAUUUCUGCGCAAAUAUUAAACAUACUUAUAAGAGAGAUAAUAUAUUCUAUGGUACUUUUGAAAUAACUGAAAAUCAGACGAUAAGUAAAAUUCUGGAACCCUGUUGGAACUUGCUUUGUUCAAGCUUUGAUUCACAGUAUACUCACAUUUUAUCAGAAUGGCCUUUCAUUAUAGUAACAAACUGUUCCGAAUAUGUACUAUCAAAUCUUAAAGAAUCUUUUCUAAUUUCAAAACACAUUAUCUUACCAUGUGUUGAUGCUCAUAUGAAUAAUGCUGCCCAAUGCGCAGUAUGUUUACCACCGAUAAGGAGUUUUCUAAGAAAUCAUCACAAUUUACGUCAGAAGUUAGACAAAAACAUGGAAAUGGUAAAUAAAUCGGCUUCACAAACCAGUGAUAUGAAACAGCAGACAGAUGAAACAAGUCUAACAACAUGUCUACCGAAAGUCUUGAAUCUGAUUAAAUGGACACAAUCAAGCCUUCAUUUAAUACCUGAUUGUAACGAAUUGGAUCUAAAGCUAGGGAAUAGGAUCGUGGAAUUAAUUGAGAACCACUAUUACACAUAAUUUAAUCUGUCUCCUGUAGGUUGUACAAAAAACAGAAAGAAUUUGUGGACGGAAAUUACUAUCCUUCACCGCAUCAAUGAUUCGACCAAUGCUAGGAAAUUUAUAUUCAAUGCAUACAGAAGGGAUAGGUGAAGAUCUAUCGGAUCAAUUUUAUGCAACUAUGAUUAACUACUUGAAAACAACCUAUAAUGGAAAUAAUCUGUUGAAUGAAUUUCUUAUCAUCUCAGCAUUUCUUGAUCCACGUUUUAAGCGUUCAUUAACUAAGGCUGAAUGUGAAACAGCCGUAAAUACCUUGAAAACAAAAAUACAAUCCCUUGAUGCUUACAACCAAAAACUGGGAAUAAAUUUAGAAAUCAAUUAUACAGAAGAAUUUGAACACUUUAUUAGUGAGUACAUAAAUGAGAAAUUUACUGAUAUUAACGAAAAUCCCCUUGAUUGGUGGAGUAAUCAAAGUGGGAGAUCAGAAAAGUAUGAUAUUUUCAAGAGUUUGGCAUCAUAUUAUUUAUCGGUCCCAGUGAACGCGUUAAAUCACAAUGAAAAUGACAAUUGUAGAAAUUAUUCGAAUAAACAGACUGUAAAUGCUCUCGCUACACAACCUGAAAAAUUAUUCAACGAUGGGAAUUCUACUGUACAAACAAACAUGAUGAAUCAAGACACCAGAAAUGAAAUAUGCCAAGAAAAAGAAUCAUGUAGUGUACAUUUCAAUCAGUACUAUCAACCGGAUCAUUCUCUUGAACUAUGGUCUCGCAUUGGAAGAAAAUUUAUUCCUAUUUAUAGGUUCUUAAGGAAAAACUGGGACGUUGUUGACAAACCUGAUGAACAGAAUGAUGAAAAUGUGCACAUGUGAAUCACCUCACAAGGAAAGCAUUCGAAGGAAUUUAUUUUUACCACAUGCAGUUGAUUGACAAGCAAAAUAUUGUACUGCCAAUGAUACAGUUUAUAAAGGAAUUGCCUCCUUUUUAAAAAAUUUGUUCUAAGAAGAAUACAUACUUCUUUUAUUAUUAAUCUUAUAUUACACUGUCGGAUAAUUAAGAUUAAAAAAGUAUUACACAAAACGCGUAUUCUCUUCCUAUUGUGUGUUUUUUUGUUUUUUUUACAGAUAGUAAAAAUACAGAGAAGAAAUAUUGUAUUUCAUCACCCUAUAUAGAAAUUAUAAUAAUCCUUAAACACUGACCAAUUUCCAUAUCAUUGUAAUUAAUCCAAAGAGAGAGAGAGAGACAAUAAACUAUCAGACAUUUGAAAAGAUAACUGAUAAAAUUUGCACAAACAAAAAAAAUUAUAAUAAUACAGAAAUAAUACUUUACGCGCUAUUCAUUAUGUGGAACUGCGAGUUUCACCUUUGUUUUUGUUUUUUGUUUUUUGCUUGGUGUAUUCUGACUCGCUUCUCCUAUGUCCAGUCAUUUUCAUCAUAAAUCAGUGAUUACUCAUUGUCAUUGUGUGUAAUACUAAUAAAAAUUCCCUCAAAAAUGAAUCAUUAUUUC